AUGUUGGAGCAGAACAAGAAGAUAGAUAAAUCACAACAACGUAUGAAACAUCUACAGAGAGUAGUGGAAACAGGGGAAGCAACAGAGGAUACAUACGAUGAGAUGUGUGAUAUCGAAAAUUGUACAAGAGAAAGAAUGACGGAUUUAAAAUUAUUAUUCGUACUUGCAUUAUGUCUCAUCAGUUUCUCAGAUUCAAGACAGAUCAAUCGAUGGCUUGGCAGUAGGCAGAGUAGACGAAUUGAUCAGGUGAGGGGAAGGGGGUCUCCACAAGUUAGCCCAGGUUUCCCAAGAAGACGACAACCAACUGUUUCUGAAAGACGUGAAAGUUCUGUUGAUCAAGGAGUAAGUCUAAGUAGACCUCUUUCUCUACAGGAUAACAGAUGGGAUCCUAUUGGUCUGAGUCUAGCCAAUAAGAAGCCAGUAAUUCUCAAGAAAUCAGUUUAUCUAAAGAAAAACUUGCAGUACAAUAAACAAAAACAACAAGAGCGAAGAUUAGUUUUCAAACCAACAACAGACAUUAGCAGAAUAGAUACAAUAAAUACAAGACAACUUCCUCCAACCCGGUGGAACAAUCAAGCAUUCCAGUUUCAUAAACAACAGUUUGCUCAACAGGUUCAACAACAACUUCAGAAACAGCAUCAACAACACUUUGUACAGCCUCGACUACAACAACAGCAGCAACAACAACCACCGCAGCUUCUACAACAACAACAACAACAACAACAACAACAACAGCAACUACCUCAGUUUUCAUCCCAACCUCUAAGUGGAAUUCAAAUUGCAACUUCCGACCAAAGAAGUCCCAAAACAGAACUAUCAAGUCCACAAAGAGGUCCUCUAACUGACCUAGGACCCUACGAAGAGGUUGAUGGUCACAAAGUUUACAUGUUCCAAGGAGUGGAUGGACGGGGAUCAUAUGAUCAGAAUAAACCCAGAGUUUAUGAUGGGACAGCAUCCCUCAGUAAUGUCAAGUGGAGCCAGGCGAAGACUUUUGCCCCUUCAAUUGACCUUAGCACCAAACCAAAUAUGUACAGCACUGAAGUGUACAGUGGUACAAGCACGCCUCUACCUCCUUUCCCCACCAGGCAUACGUCCCCUCAACCAAAAUAUGCACCAGUUAUUAUAAUUGCGCAGUCCAAUGUAGAACAUAACUAA